AUGAAAGGACGGCAUCUGCGACGGCGGUUCAGUCUGCAGCCGUCGUUUAUGAAGGACGACUCAACCGAGGAACGGCCAAAGCGAGAAAAGCCUCUGAAGAAUGAUGAAAACUCCAUAAGCUCCAACGUGCGACACAAGAUUGUCAUGAUGGGCGCGGCAAAGGUGGGCAAAAGCUCGCUUAUCACACAGUUCCUGUACAGCAGCUUUUCGCCAAAGUACAAGCGCACAGUUGAAGAGAUGCAUCACGGUCACUUUUCGGUUGGUGGCGUAAAUUUGACGCUCGACAUUCUCGAUACGGCAGGAUCCUAUGAGUUCCCGGCGAUGCGCGCGCUCUCAAUCUCAUCAGCGGAUGCAUUCAUCCUGGUGUACGACGUCACCGACACUGUCACGUUCGAGGAAGUGAAAGCGAUACGUGAACAAAUUCACGAGAUCAAAUCCACGACGGCGGUGCCGAUUGUGGUUGUUGGCAACAAGACGGACCUAAGUGACGACGACGAGGAUCUGCGGCAGGUGGCACGUGACACGACCGAAUCCAUGGUAACGGUGGACUGGGAAAACGGUUUCGUUGAAGCAUCAGCAAAACUAAAUCGAAACGUGACUCAGAUUUUCAAAGAGUUGCUGGUGCAAGCGAAAAUUACGUACAAUCUAAGUCCAGCGCUUCGGCGAAGACGACGCCAGUCACUACCCCAACAGGCUAGCACUGGAGGAACUGGAGCUCCACCGACGCCCCAAGCUUCACCAAGCGUACACGUUCCAUCCGUUGCCCAGUUGCAGCACUUGCAGCAAAUUCAGGACAAAAGUCUGGGAGGCAAACGCAAUUCAUGUAUUCUUUCCUAA